UACCAAGUUGACUCAUGAGCGCUUUUGUAACUGGAUACCCCUGAGCGGUCGUGUUCUCGCCUGGGCUGUUCCCUGAAAUAUCCCCCGAGCGAAACACACGCACAUCGGAACGGCCUCGAACCGCAUACCUCAUUUUGGUUGUAACUUUCUUUGUUGUCUGGACACCGAAAAACCGAGGAGCUAAUACGUUUUUGUCAACAUGAAGUUUUGUCUGCUACCCGCUUUACUCCUCUUGGCGACUGGGGCAUUGACGCAGGACGGAUUUGACCUGUUUGAUGCUCUGGAUGACGUAGAGCCAACUCCACCAAAACCCAAAGAGCAACCAAAACCCCCAGCGAAUCCUGAUGAUGGUGGUCUGGACCUUUUAGAUGCCUUCGGGCCAGAUGAGCCAGAAGAGAAACCGAAGAAGCCUCAGCCUAACCCCGGAAAUUCUGAUGGCUUUGGAUUCGACCUAGAGGAUGCUCUAAAUCCAGACCCAAAUGCCAAACCUGACAGACCCGCAGUCAAUCCACACAAGCCCAGUGGAGGUGGCGGCAGCUUUGAUGACAACGACUUAUUUGAUGUCGGUGAUAGCGGAAACUACAAGCCUGAUGGAGGCCGUUCGGGAGAUUCUGGCUAUAACUAUGACGGUGGUGCUGAUCAGCCUCAAGAGGCCGGUUCCGGAGCAAUCGCGGGAAUCGUCAGCGCUGUCGGAAUGGCUCUUUUAGGGGCCGCAUCCAGUUACUUUGCUUACCAGAAGAAAAAAUUGUGUUUCAAGAUACAGGGAGGUGCUGACCCAGAGAGCGGGAAAACCCGGCAUCCGGCACAGUCUAACCCUCAAGUUUACAGCAACUUGCUCAGGACGUCCUAGACAGCCCUCGGCAAAAGAUGCGCCUCCUGGAUGGAACUACAGCUAAAUCUUGACACCUUUCUUCAUCCCAAAGUUCUCCGAAAUUUCUGCUGCGUACCGGUUGGCUUUCUUUGUCGGGGCAGAAUAUAUUUUAGCAGCUUCAUCGGUUCUUGUGUAUUUGUCGUUUGUAACGGUAACACCUCUCUCUGUACAGACACCUCUCGCUGUCAUUUCAGAAGAAAGACCAUGUUCUACAUAUUUUUUAUGUUAUAGUCCGAAUGUCAUCUAUCAUAACAUCUUUUUUUGUAUAUGAAGUUUUUUUUUUCCCCCCCACAUAUCAGUAAUAGACAGAAGUAUUAAAAAGCAGGGGUGAAGCCAGAACCUUUUCACUCGGCUUUCACAGCCACUCACGAGAGGCGCUUUUCCAUUGCCCCCCGCCCUCCGUUGCUUCUCCAUUACAACAGGCAGCAAUCAACUGGGGCGGGGUCAACAGAACUGAGCGAGUGGGCAGCGUUUGACCACAGAAUCAGCUUCUGGAGAUAUGCAAGGGAGACACAAACCGCCGCUGCCAAGGCAUCGAAAUGCAGUGUAUACAGUACACAUACAGUAGAUUGUGUUUUACAACACUACUUAACCAUAUAUACAAUUUCUUACGUACUGUACCUGUGGAUGAAAUACUGAAGAUUGUGGUAACAUUUUUUUUUUUUUUUUUGUGAGCGGCGCGCAUGCCACCAGGUCCAUUCGAGUAUUCGAGAGCAAAUCUCGUCUUUCAGUAUAGUCCCAUUUUUAUCGUCACUGUAGACCGCGUCGGCUUUUUUGUGUAGCAACCUGUGUAUUCCUUGACUGGCAUGAUGCAACGUGUC